GGUCGCGAGUAGACGUGCUUCGGUCGCUCUGUUGCAGUAAAUUUAAUAUUUUUCAAAACUGUGUUAAAUCGCUCGUUAAGAUGCCUACUGAUACAAGGUCCAAUAUAGAUGAAGACGCUGUCGUUGAAAAAGUCGUAUCCAAGGUCGUUACUUCCCAAUCAUUCAUAGCACUCCUGUCAACACAAAUUCGUGCUUGUAUCGCAGAGGAAUUCCAAAACCAAAUCAAGGUGUUUUCGGAGAAGGUGGUACGACUCGAGAAUGAUUUAAGCCAAACCGAAUCCGAGUUAUCAAAAGUCAAAAUCGAGUUAGCUGAAACUAAAGAAGCAUUGAGGGUCUAUAAGGACGAGACGGAGCAGUAUUCCAGACGCAAUAGUCUUAGGUUUUUUGGAGUCCCCGAGAUAAAUAAAGAGGAUGUACCCACGGUGAUCGCAACCCUGUGCUCCGAACGUAUGCAUCUCAAUAUUACUACAGAUAUGAUUGAUAUUGCUCAUCGAUUACCUGGCAAAGAAGGAAAAAACCGCCCCAUCAUCGUAAAGUUCAUCUCACGUCACGCAAAAAAUCUAAUCUUUAGAUCCAAGAAACAACUAAAAGGCAGUUCGAUUGUUAUUCGGGAAGACUUAACAAAGGCUCGGCAGCAGCUACUCAAGGAAUGUGCUACUAGGUAUGGGUCGAAAUGCGUUUGGACUAGCGAUUGUAAAAUAUUUGUGAAAAGGGGGCCUAACGACAUCAAGCGUAUUAAUAAUUUGAGUGACUUAAACCAUACAUAAAUCAAAUAUAAUAUUGCACAGUUUCUGCUAUAAAUGAUUAUGAAUAAUGCUGCAAUGAGUUCACCUUUAAGCAAGCUAUAUUGCAAAUUGUGGUAUCGAGCUAUCGUUCUUCAACUUGCGAUAUCAACGUCGAAUACAUCGCACUCAAGGCUGUCCAAUUGUUCGGGUUUUGUUAGGAUUAAUUUGUAAACAUUGAAAUAAAUAAUAUGUAAAUUUGUUCAAUCAUGGAUUGUUAUCGUAAUAUUAAAUUUAAGUAGUUUUCUUAUAGUAUGCGUCUAGGACACAUUAAUAUCAGAUCUUUGGUACCCUCUCUCUAUGAUCUUAGAAGUUUUUUAGAUGCGAACAAUUAUGAUGUACUUGCAAUUGGUGAAACGUGGUGUCAUCCAGGAAUAACAGAUGAAGCCAUUGAGGUUAAUGGCUAUAACGUAUACCGAAAGGAUAGGGAUGGUAGAGCAGGAGGAGUUUGCAUCUAUGUUAAACAAUCAUUUAAAUGUAAUGUCGUUAAGAGCAAUAGUCAAAUUGAGCAGUUAUGGUUAUCGAUUAAAGUUGGUAAGUUUAGUGUUGCUUGUGGUUGUGCUUACAGGUCACCAACAGUAAAUUACAAAUUAUUUUUGGACGAAUUGGAGUCUUCACUAACGCUGAUGCACAGUAGCGGCGAUCUCGUUGUUUGUUUAGGUGAUCUGAACAUUGAUAUGAGUUGUAAUCAUUUACCUGCAACAGAAUAUAUUAGCACAAUGUUAGAUGCUAUUAACUUUAAGCAAUUAAUAUGCGAACCCACACGGCUCACUAAAAAAUCGUCAACGUUAAUCGACUUAAUUCUGGUCAACGAUUCAGAAAGGGUAAGCUCAUCAGGUGUUCACUAUAACGGUAUCACUUCAGAUCACGAAACAAUCUUCUGCGAUCUAGAUAUUGCUACUAUCAAUAAUCCAGCCAUAUUCAAAUCUUUCCGGGAUUUCACUUACAUGGAUGCAGUGAAGUUUAAUGACGAUGUGCAUAGAGUUCCAUGGCAGAACGUAUUUUAUCUUAGCAAUGUUGAUGAUAAGGUUGAUUUUCUCUGCCAUAAUAUAUUACACUUAAUUAACAAACAUACGCUCAUUCGAAACAUAAAGGUAACUAA